AUGUCAAGUGUACGUUCCGGUAUACAGGACUGCCCGGAGUGCGGGUUCCCGUUCAAGCACGCGCACUCGCUCGAGCAGCACAUACGCAACAUGCACCGCGGCGAAAAGCCGUACGCGUGCGCGGUGUGCCGGCGGCGCUUCGCGAUCGGCGCCCACCUGGUCCUGCACACGCGCACGCACACGGGGGAGAAGCCGUACGAGUGCGGCGUGUGCGGCAAGCGGUUCGCGAACAAGAGCAACUGGCGCGCGCACAUGCGGACGCACACGGGCGAGAAGCCGUACGUGUGCGCGACGUGCGGCGCCGCGUUCAAGAACAGCCAGCCGCUGCGCCAGCACGAGAAGACGCACGUAGCGGCGGCGGAGGCGGGCGGCGGGUUCCCGGCCGUGGGGGCGCCACCGGCGUACGCGUCGCCCGCGCUGGAGGCGCCGAUGGUGGGGUUCGCGAACGUGUGA